AUGCCUCGCUACAGGUCUAUCUCCUAUGGUCCACACUCUCCAUUUGGCACUAAUCACCUGCGCGAUAUACACUUGCGCCGUUACAGAUUACGCAAAUCCGCUAUCGCUGACGACCCCUACAUGGAGCCUGAAGGCGAGUGUCGCACGCACUUUCAUCCAGCACAUACGGUUGUGACUGGUCUCCUGGAUGUGAUCGUACGGAGCCUUUUCUGCCAUCGAAUGUGGAACUUAAGCCAGAAAAAUCGGCUCCUCACCUUCACUAUAGAAUCAUGUGCGCUCGUUGCAUUUGCUGGAAGCUUGCUUUUCUCAAUCAAGUGCUUUACUGUUAUUGGGGAUGUCUUCCGCCUUUCCCAACUAUCGUGGAUAAUGUACGGGAGCCUCGGCGCCGGUGUCGUCACCGACAUCCUGAUCGCCCUCUCGCUCUGCAUCGUCCUGAGACGUUGUCGAAAUAAAAACCCCGACACGGAUUCUUUGGUGAGAAUGCUAAUCACAUAUGGCAUCAAUAGCGGUGCUUUGACUAGUCUAUGUGAAAUUGCGUGUUUGGUUUCUUACGCAACGAUGCAGAACAAUCUUGUCUUCAUUGCGAUAUUCUUCAUACUUCCAAAGUUGUUGCUGAAUUCUCUUCUUGCAACCUUGAAUGCGAGACCAGAGCUCCGCAAGAAGUACGCGAGCACAACUGCCUCUCGACAGUCCGUGAAACCCUCUCUUCCUCCGAGUCCAUCAUUCCGAUUCAGUCAUCGGACCUUCCAGGGCUCGAUUUACACCAAAGAGGUGAUGGAUAUCGACUUCCGAAAGCAAUGCGCGGCUGGUAUCAUCUUGCCACCCGCAACGCCGAAACUCGGACGAGUGGUCUCGUAUCAAAUAAGUCGAGCAGAACUGGACCGGACUGUCCCUCUAAAUGAUUGA